AUGGCCAAUACAAAAACAACAACUGCAACUACAACUGCAACAGCAAUAAGCAGUGAGAAUCAAUUCUGUAUGCAAUUAAAUGCUUCAGAAUUAACAGCGAUCAUUAUGAAAGGCUCUCCCAACUCCAAUGAUCGCGAUGCUGGCUUCUGUUCCGGCAGCUCUGAGGGAGGCGACGAUCUUGAUCGCAUCGAACACGCCCGCCUUGAGUCCAGCUCUCCAACCAGCCCCACUGAUGCGACGACAGAGGCCUCUGAAGAUUCCGUCGAGGUUAAGGUCACACCCAUUGCGCUCGUACGUAACAAACGCAAAAGUUCCGAACCCUCCAAAGUAGUCGAUGCCAGCCUAAGUGCGGCAGCGUCGGCGGCGGCGGCAGCCGCGGAGGGCGCGCACGCCAACGCGCUUGCCACAGCACCGCUGAAGAAACGUAUCCGCUAUACCUCGACCACAGAUUCGGCUGUGGUGCUGACACCACCCGCGCUUGCCACGCCGCCACUACUGCCGCAUGGCAUCUGGGACCCUAGUCAAGUGCUACCUCAUGAAUUGAUGCCCAAUCCCGCGCAAGUGUUUGUCCGACAUCCGGGCGUGACAACGCUACAUCGCAUACCCGCCGCCACAGUAGAGGAACAACUGGAACCGCUGGCGUUGGUGGCGAAGAAACCAGCGAACAGCAGGGAAAGUGAACAAGCAGCGCAUUUGUACGCGCAUGCGCCGUCCGAUAAUGCAUCAGCAACAACGUCCGUUUAUGUGCCGAAGAAACAGCAAGCGGCAACCGCCGCAAACAGUCAUCUCAAGUUCCAUGCCAACACCGCAGAGUCCUCCGUCCCUCUAUCGUUAACGGCGCGCGCAACUAGCUUAGCUGCAGCGGAUGUCGCGAACGCAAACGCGUCAGGCUUUGAAGAGAUGCACGCAUCAGGCGCCGGCGCCGUCGCCGCCGCUUCCGCCAUAGAGCAGUACAAACCCAGCAGCGCUGAAGAGGCGCCUUGUGGCAGCGGCGCUAGUGGUAGUGGCGGCAGCACUGGCAGCGGUAGUGCGCGUCCACAGCAACGCAACUACAAGAAUAUGACACGCGAACGUCGCAUUGAGGCCAAUGCGCGUGAGCGCACGCGCGUCCAUACCAUCUCCGCCGCUUACGAGACGCUGCGGCGUUCGGUGCCUUCCUACUCGAAUGCGCAGAAGCUUUCAAAGCUCUCUGUGCUGCGUAUUGCUUGUUCCUACAUACUGACGCUGAGUCGCAUGGCGGGUCAUGAUUACAGCGCGGAUGGGUCGGAACCAUCGAUUGCCGACUGCUUUGAUGCGGUCACAGAGACAAUACAGACUGAGGGCAAGAUCAGGAAGAAGAAGGAUGAGUAAGGCUGAGCUUGAGGUUGAGAAGGAAAACAACGCUCGGUUGUGUUGGGUUGUAGCAGCAUGCGUGCGAAUCGGAUGGUUUCAGCGUUGCGCGUAGCACUUAAGACUUAUUAGUUUGGUUUUUAAUUUGUUGAGUUAAGAGCGUAAAGUAAGAAAAAAUAUAUUUAUUGUGACAGAAGCUUGAGCGCGAGCGCAAGACGCUUAAAAACGUCAAAAACUUUUACAAAGUAAUGUGAAAUGAAUGCUUUCACACGCAAGCGCUUAAGAGUGUUGGAAGGAAGCUUUUAUCUAGAAAAGUGAAAUAGAAGCAUUCACGCGCAAGCGUGCUAGAAGAGGAGUAAAAUGAGUAAUAAAAAGCUUUAAAAGCGUUGAUAUGGCUUACAAAAAACGAUCAGCAGCAAAUAAAAAAAAAUGAAAAAGCUUUUGCUGGUGAAAGCACGCGUGAAAGCUCAAUUUUUUUUUUUGUUUGAUGAUAUUAUCUAAGAAGUAUACGUAAUUACGCUAGUAAGAAAGAUGUGAUGUCACUACGCAAGAGAGUGAUUUAAAGAAAAUUUCCUUUAAAUGAAAAAACUUGUAAAUUUAUUUACAAACAAAAAGUACUUAGGAAGAGGUUAAUGAACGCAUUAAGAGCCAAGUUAUUGAAACAGUACAAAAAUUUGUAGAAUACACAAAGAUUAAAGCAAGCAAAAAAAGGGAAAGAAAUAAUAAAAAAAAAUUCAUACGAUUUGUAAAAAGAAGGUAAAAUAAAACAAACCAAAAAUUAGGCAACAGUAUUUGAAAAAAUAAAGUUUUCACAAAUUUCGAUAACAUCGCAAGUAAAUGAUCGAUAAAGCUUUCACAAAGUUCGAUAAAAACUGCAAGUAAAUGAUCGAUAAAAAAUCAAUAAAAAAAUUCUCAUUCAAAAACAUAUUUUUUGCUUGCUUUAUGGACGUAUUCAAAGCAACAAUGCAACAAAAAUCGCAUUACUCAAGACAAUAAUCGUAAAUUUAAGCGAAAAAAUAGCACACAAAUUUUAAAUUUUUUACUCUUCAAUGAAAAAAAAAA